AUGGGGAGCUUGGUGCUCGCUCCGAUUGACUUGUCUAAGCCGAUGCGUAUCUUGGAUUCGGCGACCGCAGACGGCACUUGGAUCCGCGAUCUAGCAGCGUCAACCGCGCCCGUCGAGCAUCAGUUCGUCGGCACUGAUAUCGAUCCCUCCAACUUCCCUUCCACUCCACCCGCUGGCCAAACGUACCAAGCGCAGGACAUCACGAAACCCUGGCCCGAGGACUGGAAGGAGAGCUUCGACUUCGUGCACCAGCGCCUGGCGCUCGUCGGGGGCGGAUCCGCGCAGCAGCAAGUCCUCAGCAAUCUAGCCGCGCUCGUGAAGCCCGGCGGGUGGAUCCAGCUCAUGGAAGCAACAAAUGUGCUGCCCGACGAAGACGGUCCUGCCAUGCGCAACUUCGUCGCCGUUAUGAAGGGUAUGUUCGUCGCGAUGGGGUCUAGUUUGGACCUGGGAAACGAAUUGCCUGGCAUGCUGCAGAAGGAGGGAUUUGAGGAUGUGCAGGACCGCUUGUUUAAUACUAAGCAGGGGGCGAUGAAUCCGGAUCCGACGCUUGCGAAGCAGAGUGUGUACUCUACGGUUGUGCCGGCUAGGGCUCUGGCUGCGUUUGGGAAGACACUUCCGGAAGGAACGAUACCGCUGCCUGCUGAGAAGAUCGCGAGUAUGCCGGAGGAUUUGAAAGCGGAGCUUACCGAGAAGGGGGGAAUUUAUCCUCUGCGUGCCGUUUGGGGGCGAAAGCCCGCAGCGUGA